AUGAACAGAGCUACUGGGGACCCUUGUAUGAAUGGAGGGAUGCAGGACCACAGGGGGUCCUGGUCCAGGACACAAACUCCUGGGAUGAUUGUGGCACUGCAGGAGUUGAAAAUGACCAGCUCCAUGGCCUCAUAUGAGCAGCUGGUGCGCCAGGUGGAGGCCUUGAAGGCCGAGAACACUCACUUAAGGCAGGAGCUGAGGGAAAACUCCAGCCAUCUCUCCAAGCUGGAGACAGAAACUUCCGGCAUGAAGGAGGUCCUGAAACACCUUCAGGGCAAGCUGGAGCAGGAGGCGAGAGUGCUGGUGUCCUCAGGGCAGACAGAAGUGUUAGAGCAACUGAAAGCUCUUCAGACUGACAUCAGUAGCCUCUACAACCUGAAGUUCCAUGCCCCGGCCCUGGGCCCCGAGCCUGCCGCCCGGACUCCAGAGGGAAGCCCAGUGCACGGCUCUGGCUCUGGACCAUCCAAGGACAGCUUCGGAGAGCUGAGCCGGGCCACCAUCCGCCUGCUGGAAGAACUAGAUCAGGAGAGAUGCUUCCUGCUGAGCGAGAUAGAGAAAGAGGAGAAGGAGAAGCUGUGGUAUUACUCUCAGCUCCAGGGCCUGUCCAAGCGCUUGGAUGAGCUGCCACACGUGGACACGCAGUUUUCGAUGCAGAUGGAUCUGAUUCGGCAGCAGCUGGAGUUCGAGGCCCAGCACAUCCGCUCGCUGAUGGAGGAGCGCUUCGGUACCUCGGACGAGAUGGUGCAGCGUGCGCAGAUCCGGGCUUCGCGCCUGGAGCAGAUUGACAAGGAACUGUUGGAAGCCCAGGACCGGGUGCAGCAGACGGAGCCCCAGGCUCUGCUGGCGGUGAAGCCAGUGGCAGUGGAGGAGGAGCAGGAGGCAGAAGUCCCCACGCAUCCUGAGGAUGGCACCCCUCAGCCUGGCAACAGCAAGGUGGAGGUGGUGUUCUGGCUUCUAUCUAUGCUGGCAACGCGCGACCAGGAAGAUACUGCACGCACGCUGCUGGCCAUGUCCAGCUCGCCAGAGAGCUGUGUAGCCAUGCGCCGCUCUGGCUGUCUGCCACUGCUGCUCCAGAUCCUUCACGGCACAGAGACCGGGUCUGUGGGGCGUGCAGGGACCCCUGGAGCGCCUGGUGCCAAAGAUGCACGCAUGCGCGCCAACGCGGCACUGCACAACAUCGUUUUCUCCCAGCCGGAUCAGGGCUUAGCACGCAAGGAGAUGCGUGUGCUGCAUGUGCUGGAGCAGAUCCGAGCCUACUGCGAGACCUGCUGGGACUGGCUUCAGGCGCGGGACAGCGGGACAGAGAGUGGUACAGGAGACACUCCUGUGCCCAUUGAGCCUCAGAUCUGCCAGGCUACUUGUGCGGUGAUGAAGCUGUCGUUCGAUGAGGAAUACCGCCGGGCUAUGAAUGAACUAGGGGGGCUGCAGGCUGUGGCAGAGCUACUGCAGGUGGAUUAUGAGAUGCACAAGAUGACCCGGGACCCACUCAACCUUGCCCUGCGCCGCUAUGCUGGCAUGACCCUCACCAACCUCACGUUUGGAGACGUGGCCAACAAGGCCACACUGUGUGCUCGCCGAGGCUGCAUGGAAGCCAUUGUGGCUCAGCUUGCCUCUGAGAGUGAGGAACUGCAUCAGGUCGUUUCCAGUAUUCUGCGUAACCUGUCGUGGAGGGCGGACAUCAACAGCAAGAAGGUGCUGAGGGAAGUUGGCAGCAUGACCGCCUUGAUGGAGUGUGUGCUGCGGGCCUCCAAGGAGUCCACCCUGAAGAGCGUGCUCAGUGCUCUGUGGAACCUGUCAGCACACAGCACAGAGAACAAGGCGGCCAUCUGCCAGGUGGAUGGCGCACUGGGUUUCCUGGUGAGCACCCUCACAUACCGUUGCCAAGGGAACUCCCUGGCGGUCAUCGAGAGUGGCGGUGGGAUCCUGCGCAAUGUGUCAAGCCUCAUUGCCACACGGGAGGACUACAGGCAGGUGCUCCGUGACCACAACUGCCUACAGACACUGCUGCAGCACCUCACGUCUCACAGCUUGACCAUCGUGAGCAAUGCCUGCGGCACCCUCUGGAAUCUGUCUGCCCGCAGUCCCCGCGACCAGGAACUCUUGUGGGACCUGGGGGCUGUGGGCAUGCUACGAAACCUCGUCCACUCCAAACACAAGAUGAUCGCCAUGGGUAGCGCGGCCGCUCUGCGGAACCUGCUGGCCCACCGACCUGCCAAGUAUCAGGCCGCAGCCAUGGCCGUCUCCCCAGGCACCUGCGUGCCCAGUCUGUAUGUCCGCAAGCAGAGGGCUCUGGAAGCUGAGUUGGACACUCGGCACCUGGUGCAUGCGCUCGGUCACUUGGAGAAGCAGGGUCUGCCGGAAACAGAGACUACUUCAAAGAAGCCCCUGCCACCCCUCCGCCACCUGGACGGGCUGGUGCAGGACUAUGCCUCUGAUUCUGGCUGCUUUGAUGAUGAUGACGCACCAUCCCUGGCUGCUGCGGCCACCACAGCUGAGCCCGCCAGCCCAGCAGUGAUGUCUAUGUUCCUUGGAGGUCCCUUCCUUCAGGGCCAGGCACUGGCCCGCACCCCACCUGUCCGCCAGGGUGGCCUAGAAGCCGAGAAGGAGGCUGGUGGGGAGGCGGUUGUGGCCGCCAAGGCUAAGGCCAAGCUGGCGUUGGCCGUGGCUCGGAUCGACCGGCUGGUGGAGGACAUCUCAGCACUGCACACUUCAUCAGACGACAGCUUCAGUCUCAGUUCGGGGGACCCCGGGCAGGAGGUGCCAAGGGAGGGCCGUGCGCAAUCCUGCUCACCAUGCCGGGGCACUGAGGGUGGGCGGCGUGAGGCUGGCAGCCGGGCGCACCCUCUGCUGAGGCUCAAGGCGGCCCACACCAGCCUCUCUAAUGACAGCCUGAACAGUGGUAGCACCAGCGAUGGCUACUGUACUCGGGAACACAUGACGCCUUGCCCACUGGCUGCGUUAGCCGAGCACCGCGAUGACGCGGUACGUGGACAGACUCGGCCCAGCAGACUAGACCUGGACCUUCCCAGCCGCGCUGAGCUUCCUGCCCGGGACACAGCAGCCACCGAUGCCCGAGUGCGCACCAUCAAGUUAUCCCCAACCUAUCAGCAUGUGCCACUGCUUGAUGGGGCUGCUGGGGCAGGUGUCAGACCCCUCGUUGGACCAGGAACCUCCCCAGGGGCUCGGAAACAGGCGUGGAUGCCUGCAGAUAGCUUGAGCAAAGUCCCUGAGAAACUAGUGGCCUCCCCACUGCCCGUGGCUAGCAAGGUGCUGCAGAAGCUGGUGGCACAGGAUGGGCCCAUGUCCCUCUCCAGGUGCAGUUCUCUGUCCUCUCUGUCUUCCACGGGCCAUGCGGUCCCCAGCCAGGGGGAGAACCUUGACGACAGCGAUUCGUCCCUGGAUGGGCUUGAGGAAGCUGGUCCUGGUGAGGCCGAGCUGGACAGGGCGUGGUGUGCAUCCGGGUCCACCUCUCUUCCCGUGUCCAUCCCAGCCCCGCAGCGGGGGCGCAGUCGAGGUCUUGGGGUGGAAGAUGCAACACCAUCCAGCUCAUCUGAGAACUGCGUCCAGGAGACGCCCUUGGUCCUGAGCCGCUGCAGUUCUGUGAGCUCCCUGGGCAGCUUCGAAAGCCGCUCUAUUGCCAGCUCCAUCCCCAGUGACCCAUGCAGUGGGUUGGGCAGUGGCACAGUGAGUCCCAGCGAGCUGCCGGACAGCCCCGGGCAGACGAUGCCACCAAGCCGCAGCAAGACGCCACCAGCACCUCCUGGGCAGCCUGAGACCAGUCAGUUCAGCCUGCAGUGGGAAAGCUACGUGAAGCGCUUCCUAGACAUUGCAGACUGUCGGGAAAGAUGCCAGCCACCCUCAGAGCUGGAUGCAGGCAGCGUACGCUUUACAGUGGAGAAGCCAGACGAGAAUUUCUCGUGCGCCUCCAGCCUCAGUGCACUGGCCCUACACGAGCUGUAUGUCCAGCAGGAUGUGGAGCUCCAUCUGAGGCCACCAGCUUGUCCAGAACGUGCGGUGGGUGGUGGGGGCCACCGUCGGAGGGAUGAGGCUGCCAGCCGCCUGGAUGGGCCAGCACCAGCUGGUUCCAGGGCUCGCUCAGCGGCUGAUAAAGAACUGGAGGCAUUGCGUGAAUGUCUGGGGGCAGCCAUGCCUGCCAGACUCCGCAAGGUGGCCUCGGCCUUGGUGCCUGGCCGCCGCGCUCUGCCGGUCCCUGUGUACAUGUUAGUGCCUGCCCCAGCUCGGGGUGAUGACUCGGGCACUGACUCUGCAGAAGGCACACCCGUCAACUUUUCCAGUGCAGCCUCGCUCAGUGAUGAGACCUUACAGGGACCCUCCAGGGACAAGCAGGCUGGGCCUGGGGAGAGGCAGAAACCCACAGGCCGAGCUGCCCCUGCCAGGCAGGCCCGUGGGCACCGGCCCAAGGCAGCAGGCGCUGGUAAAAACACAGAGCACACCCGGGGGGGCAGCAGGAACCGGGCAGGAUUGGAAUUACCCCUCAGCCGGCCCCAGAGUGCUCGGUCCAACAGGGAUGGCUCAUGCCAGACCCGGACCCGCGGAGACGGUGCCCUGCAGUCGCUAUGCCUCACGACACCCACAGAGGAAGCUGUGUACUGCUUCUAUGACUCUGACGAGGAGCCACCAGCCACGGCACCACCACCUCGGCGGGCAUCCGCUAUACCUCGGGCUCUUAAGCGGGAGAAACCCGCAGGCAGGAAGGAGAUCUUAUCCAGGGCGACACAGCCCGCCACAGUCCCUGUGAGGGCCCAGCCCAGGCUGAUAGUGGAUGAGACCCCGCCCUGCUACUCCCUGACUUCCUCAGCUAGUUCCCUCAGUGAGCCUGAGGCCUCUGAACAGCCGGCCAGCCAUCCUGGAGGCCAGGAGCAGGGCCGUAAACAGGACAGCUCUCCCAGCCCACGGGCGGGGGAGGAGCUUCUGCAGAGGUGCAUCAGCUUAGCCACGCCCAGGCGCCGGACCCAGGUCCCCGGCUCACGGCGUCGCAAGCCCAGAGUUGUGAAGUCAGACAUAAGGCCCACUGAGAUACCACAGAAAUGCCAUGAGGAGGUGCCUGGCUCUGAUCCAGCCUCUGACCUAGACAGCGUUGAGUGGCAGGCUAUCCAAGAGGGUGCAAACUCCAUUGUCACCUGGCUGCAUCAGGCAGCGGCCAAAGCCAGCCUGGAGGCUUCUUCUGAGUCUGACUCCCUCUUGUCUCUGGUGUCUGGGCAGUCAGCAGGCUCCGCUCUCCGGCCCUCCAAACUUAGGAAAGGGCGAAAGCCUGCGGCUGAGGCUGGGGGUGCCUGGCGUCCUGAGAAACGGGGCACAGCUUCCACUAAGGUCAGUGGAAGUCCCCGGUUUCCUAGUUGCCCUGAGAAGGCAAAGGGUACCCAGAAAAUGACGGCAGGGGAGUCAGCCAUGCUACGGGGACGGACAGUGAUCUACACAGCCAGCCCAGCCUCCCGUGCUCAGGCCAAAGGUGUUUCUGGACCUUGUACCACACCUAAGAAGAUGGGGACAUCUGGUACCACUCAGCCGGAAACUGCCACCAAAGCCCCCAGUCCUGAGCAACAACGUUCACGCAGCCUCCACCGACCAGGCAAGAUCUCUGAGCUGGCAGCCCUGAGCCGCCCGCCCAGGAGUGCUACCCCUCCUGCCCGCUUCGCCAAGACCCCGUCCUCAAGUUCUUCACAAACGUCCCCAGCUUCCCAGCCCCUGCCUCGGCGGUCCCCUCUGGCCACUCCAACAGGAGGGCCUCUGCCUGGCCCUGGGGGUUCCCCAGUGCCCAAGUCACCAGCCCGGGCCCUUCUGGCUAAGCAAAACAAGACCCAGAAGUCACCUGUGCGGAUCCCGUUCAUGCAAAGGCCAGCCAGGCGAGUGCCACCUCCACUGGCCAGGCCAUCCCCAGAGCCUGGGUCCAGGGGCCGAGUUAGGGCUGAAGGGACUCCCGGGGCACGUGGCAGCCCCCUGGGCCUGGUGCGUGUGGCCUCAGCCCGCUCCAGUGGCAGUGAGUCCUCUGAUCGCUCAGGCUUCAGAAGGCAGCUGACCUUCAUCAAGGAAUCCCCAGGUCUCCUUCGUCGCCGCAGGUCGGAGCUGUCGUCUGCUGACUCCACGGCCUCCAUCUCUCAGGCUGCUUCACCCCGUCGUGGACGGCCUGCUCUCCCUGCUGUCUUCCUCUGCUCCUCCCGUUGUGAUGAGCUGCGGGUAUCCCCACGGCAGCCCCUGGCAGCACGGAGGGCCCCGCAGGCCAAGCCAGGUCUCGCCCCACGUGCGCCCCGACGCACCAGCUCUGAGAGCCCCUCACGCCUGCCUGUGCGGUCGAGCCCUGGGCGGCCUGAGACGGUCAAGCGGUAUGCAUCCCUGCCACACAUUAGUGUGUCCCGCAGGCCUGAGAGCGCCGUCUCUGUGCCUACCACCCAGGCCAACGCCACUCGCCGGGGAAGUGAUGGUGAGGCCAGGCCGCUGCCCAGGGUGGCUGCGCCUGGUACAACCUGGCGUCGUAUCAAAGAUGAAGAUGUCCCCCACAUCCUGCGCAGCACACUGCCUGCCACUGCCCUGCCUCUCAGGGGCUCAUCGCCCGAAGACAGUCCUGCUGGAACUCCACAACGCAAGACCAGUGACGCAGUGGUACAAACAGAAGAUGUGGCCACCUCUAAGACCAACUCCAGCACAUCACCCAGCCUGGAGAGCAGGGAUCCCCCACAGGCCCCAGGCAGUGGCCCUGUUGCUCCACUGGGCAGCGAUGUGGAUGGACCAAUACUCACCAAGCCUCCUGCCUCGGCACCCUUCACCCACGAGGGUCUGAGUGUUGUCAUGGGCGGCUUUGCCACCAGCAGGCAUGGCUCUCCCAGCAGGGCUGCACGGGUUCCCCCCUUCAACUAUGUGCCCAGCCCUAUGGCAGCGGCCACAAUGACCAGUGACUUGGCAGUGGAGAAAGCCCCUGUCACCUCUCCAGCCAGCCUCCUGGAGUAGUGGGUAUAGGCCUGCCUUCUGGAACUUUCUCUCCUCACCCUGUGGCCCAGGCUGGCUGCACUGUGGGCCUGCUCUCUAGAUGCUCUGAGUAGGCACAUCUAUGCCCUCAGAACCCCUGUCCAGCUCGCAUUUCUGCACCUUGAGGCCAGCCCUUGCUUCUAUGCCUGGGGCUUGAGGGAAUCGGCUAUAGACUGGCAGGGCACACACAGCGCCGUUUCUGAGGUUGGCCUGGGAAGGGGUGGACAGCUAAUCUCUGAGGGCCACUAGCUGUGGGCCCUUGCAGGACCUGCCCUGAGCUACACCCAGAGCAGAGGGAGGGUGGACAUAGCUUCUAGGGAAAUGACUGAGCUUGCCUGCCCGAGGUGGGGACAGGCUGGGGGGUGGGGCAGUGAGCCUCUGCUUGGCAGCUGGUGCUGCCUCAGCCCUGUACUGUGGAAGCCUGUAAUUAGUGCUGGGGUAAUUGGUUAAUGAUGACUCUGCCAGGGGUGUUUGCCUUCUCUGCAGCAGCUGAGGAGCUUGGAGAGAGGCUGUAGCCCUCACCAAGUCAUCAUGGCCACUGAGAGACUGCCAAGGGCGAACAGCCCUCUUGACACAAGAGCCGUGGAUCAGCCAAUGCCAUGUCCCUUGACUGAUGGGACUCUAAUUCCAAGGACAAGCUGGCUAGGCUCUGGGGACCCAAGGAGUCAGCUAGCAUCACGGAAGGGCGGCAGGCCCGUCUUUGGGAGCCUGGUCCUUACCAAUCCUGCCUGUCAUAUGAUGUCAGGCAGGUGUCAGGACCAGAACAGAUCCCGCCACAGCCUGGUAUCAAAAUGGGGACUUGGUGACAGUGUGGGGAGCCUGGAGCUGCUACGGAAGGCAUGGAUCCAGGUAGACAGCAGGAUGCAGACAUAAGGUAGCCAAGCCUUCAAGGACCUGUGUGUCCAUCACAGGGACUCAGGGCAGAGUGAGGACUCAGUUUAGCCUUCCUACAGAGAGCUGACACCUCUCGUGUGGGACCCCAAGCUGCUCUCUGUAAGGGGACUUAGAGCCACACCACAUGCAUGAGCUGCUCCCAGAGAAGGAACUGUCCCUUGAGCUGGCCUCGAGCCCCUCUUCUGAGAUGAGGGAAGUGGCUUUGAGAACGGGGGUGGGCGAGGCCUUGGGAGGAACUGAUGACAUUGCUGCCCUUUCCCACAGGUCCCUUUUAUGGCAGGGAGCUGACAGACCCAAGUUUGGCACCUCACAGGGGCGGGCUGAUGGCUAGGGGAUGCCAUGUAUGGGGUACACCUACCAUGACACCCGUCCAGUGCUUUGAAAGCAUACCGUCCGGGCAAUGCCUGAUGUUUCCUUGUCUGGGGCUCUGGCCCUAACUGUUGGGGACAGUGUCACAGCAGAAACUACACACAUCAACCACUCAAUGCCAGGACGUUGCCUGCUAGACAGGGCUCCUGGCCUGUGGGUGACUGGUAGGGAGGGGACAAGGAAGGCCCUCUUCAGAACAAAGUGGCUCUAGGACGCCCUCUCACACCUAAGAUGCACCCCAGGAUGACCCUGAGCUGGGAACAGGUGAUGGACAGAUUUGCAGCUGGGGUUAUAAACUGAGCCUGUGUACCACACACUGGAAGCUUGAGUGGUAGAUAUGCUGCUCUGUGCCUCGGUUUCCCCAUGUGGGCCAUGGGGAGGACCCAAGAAUGAGCAGCAGAGACGUCUGGGCUGCGGCACCAGCAUGCAAGGGUCGUCUUUCUCCCAGCCGCCUCCUCUGGUCCCGUCAGCCUUGGACCCAUGUUUGCCUUCUCCACCCCCACAUAGGGGGACACAAGACACAGUGUAACAUCCAGCCCAGGGUAGGUAAGAGCUGGCUUGUCCUUAGAGACAGAACAGGAGGAGUCUGCUGUCUGCCAGGCUGCUGGUGGCUGUGAGUACUCUGAGCUGGAACCAGUGGUCUACCAGAGACUAACCACUGGGUGCUUGACCAGGGCUUCAUGCCCACCAGUUACCUCACUGUGUGUCUGUCUGUCUGUCGCACUGUCCCUGGCCGAUGUCAUCCCCUUGCUCACACCUGGUGUGUCCUCUGCUGCCAUACCAUCUCCGCCCUGUUCUACAGUGUUACACUUCUGUACACACCGACCCCCGACACCCAUGCAGACCCCACGAGGACACCCAGCCUGGCUUCUGAUUCUUGUUCAUAUCUUUAAUAAAGCGAGCCACUCCGUU